AUGAUGGGAACACAGCAAGGAUUGAAUGAUUCAUCACUGAAAAUCUGCAAAUUUUGCUUCGGGACUGAAGAUGAUAGUCAGUUGACAUUUGUUCACCCUUGUCGCUGUAAAGGAACGAUCCAUGUAAGCUCAUCUCCUUAAAAAUAGUAAUAUUACAAGUACGACAAAUGAAAAUUUGCUGAGUUCAUCCUAUGCUGUUGGCACAGUUUCAAUGAUUUCAGCUAUUAAUAAGGAAAUAAAAAUACUGUUUCUAGUGGGUGCACAAUCAAUGUCUAGAAAUGUGGUUUACAAAAGCGAAUUCAGUGCAGAAAUUAAUGUGCGUACAAUGCAAGUAAGUUUUUUAUUCAACAAUUCUCUUAUGGCUGACCUGCACAAAUUUCAGAACUAAAUAUCAAAAACAAAUGACAUUAAAAACAUGGCGUUUCUGGAAAAUUCCGAAACUCAAUUUGAGCUUUUGGGGGUUCGUAGAGGUCUCCAUCGAUCUUUGGAUGACAUGGAGGACAGUUCUGGGUUUUGUUGAAAUGAUGAAUGGAACCAAGUAGGGAGAUAAUUCGGAAGCAAAGUAAACCUUUUCCAAAUUUGCUCUUUAGAGGAAUCUUGAGAGAACUAAUUCUAUGUAGCAUGUGGAAGUGCUUCGUGGCAUCCGAUCGUCGAUUUUGUUUCUACGGAUCGCUCAUGUUGAAUCUGGCCUCGUCAAUCUUCGAUAUCGCGAUUGAUGACUAUGAUCAACGGUAUACAGAAGCAUCUUUUGCCUAUUUAAAGACCAUAUUGAAAAAUUCUAGAAGAGAAAUACGAGCACGUUUGCCGUCAGACAUGAACUGGGAUGACAUUAGCCGUCUUUCCGUAUCGCAGAGUAGUCGAUAAAGAUUGCCCGUUCCGCAUUUUUGUACUCUUACGGGUUGUUCAAGUGCCUCACUACCAAUUGCCCCGUCUUGUUUGCUUUAUCAACCAGUAUCUUCUUCGAACCACCUAUCUCACCAUUUUCCUGUGAUUAUUAUAAUAUUCUUCUAGUCGCGAUUUGACGAAUAAACUAUAUUAUUUGCAGGAAUUGUGAUUUCUUUGUUUAUGAAUCCUAUGUUAAGACAGUAUGUUAUAUGUUAAGACAGUAUAUUAUAUACUGUAUAUACUUUCACUUUGACCCCCCGUAUACUAGAGUACCGUAAGGAAAUAGUGUCGGGAGUUCCAGGAAGGAACAUGCUUCGGGAGCAAUUUCAAAAACUGUACUUCGUGAUUUCGCAAAGCCCGGUCAAUUCAUUCGAAGCCAUUGCGGCCAUAGUGAUUCCAUUGAUACUGGUGGCUGUCAUGUUCAAUUGGAGAGUGAAACAGUCGAUGAAGAAACAGAAGCAGGUAAAAUUUUUCGGGUUAGCUAAUUAGCUUUCUCUGAGUAGUAAGACGUGCUCGUGAUACGACAUUAUGUGAAGCACGUCUAUAGAACAAAUGUGAGGCUGCAAGACUUUGAAUGUGCCCGCUACGCGAAAAGAGCUUUCCGUGCGCCAGCUUUUUCCACGUAGCGGGCCCAGGGUUCAAAAGUGUAAAUCUAUUUAGAUUCGCAAACUGGUUUUCACAUCUUAUUAGACAAAUUGCAAAUCUAAAUAAUUAGAUGAUUUUAGUUUCUAACGCAACCUCUUUAGAUUCGAAAAUUUUCUAAUUAGAUUCGAAUUGAUUCUGAGAGUUCUGAUAUUCACUGCAUCCAUUUGCAUAUUCGAGUUUUGUGGGUGUGAAUAAUCUCUGUUUGCAGAUCCGAAAACGACGAGAAAAACUUCUAAAAAGGUUGAAUGGCACGGGGAAAGAGGAAACGACCGCCGGAGAAAAUGAUCCGGUCAUUGCAGAAGCAAUCAGACUUAUGGAGGAAAAAACUAAAAAGUCGAAGUAA